AAGCGCCAUUGUUUGCUUUUCAUUCUCUUUCUGAUUGCUCCUGGAACGAACACCAUGGAUCCUGGAGCUAUGUUGUUGCUGUAUCUUGGAUUAUCAAUUGCUUGCGGCUUAUUGCUCAAUCUUCGAAACCUCAAUAUCUUCAAUGGAAAGCGAAACCGCUCGAGCUCGGUGAACGUGAGAGUUUCUAAGCGAGACGAAGAUGAGAAUGCUGCAAAACGAAAAGGCACACACAAUCGUACGGGCUCAAUUAACUCCAGAAAGAAACCCGCUGAGCCGAAGAUCGCUGCAUCGUACCUGUCCAUCUGUUUUCGUUCCCCUUUAGCACCUAUGUUUUUUCCUUUUCGCGGAUCCUCUUCACGCUUUCUCUGAUAUUGAUCUUAUUUUCGCUCAUCCCCUCAUUCUACCCCGUCUACAAAUCAUUAGUGGCUCCUUCGCUUCCUCGGUGGAUCCAGCAGUUCUUCAGCGACGUCAAGAACUUCUUCCUGAUCUUCUUCGGCUUCUACCUCUCGGGGAAGUCCUUCGACGAGGUGGUCAGCCUCGUGUCUUCCGAC